GUGGGUCCGGUCCACGCGGGUCGCGUUGAGACCACGCCACACCAUGAUGCCUCCAAUUGCGUCUGGUAUUCCGUAUCAGAGCCACACGUCCCUCCUCUUGUUGGCCGACUUGGCGACUGACCCGUCCCCGUCGUUGACCGCCCGACUGGCCCCACCAAGCAGCAAGCGAGCAGCCCCGGCGGCCUGAAGAGAGGACCACGACCCGCGCCGAUCCUGCCGCCUUCACUACGCACGUCGGGAAGUACAAAAUGAAAAUGGCUCUACUUGACUCGUUUAAGAGGUCAACACUGGCUCAUCUUCUGCUGGCCAUAAAUUUCUUUUUGUCUGGAUUGGCUAUCAAUUUUGGACAGGCUAUCCUCUGGGUAGGAGUGCGUCCAUUUUCUCGCUAUUGGUACAGGAAAGUGAACCAAUAUCUUUGCUAUUCUUUGAAUUGUCAGUUUGUUUUUCUUGCCGAAUGGUGGUCUGGUUCUGAAAUUAUCUUAUACAUCGACCAAGAAAGUCUGAAGAAGUACUAUGGCAAGGAGCAUGGCUAUCUCAUCAUGAACCAUUCUUACGAAAUUGAUUGGCUCAUGGGUUUUGUCUUAUGUGAGAGAGUACAAGUGUUGGGUAACUGCAAAGCCAUCGCCAAGAAGGCAAUUCAGUUUGUCCCAACUGUAGGCUGGUCUUGGAAAUUUGCCGAGGCGGUAUUUCUUCAGAGGAACUGGGAUAAAGACAGAAAUAUUAUUGGCAAGCAAAUCACAGAGCUGCUCGAUCAUCCUGACCCAAUUUUCCUGCUCUUGUUUGCUGAGGGAACACGGUUUACCAAAGAGAAACAUGUGACCAGUUUGAAAUUUGCUGAAGAUAACGGUCUCCCCAUUUUGAAGCAUCAUCUUACACCUCGAGUUAAAGGCUUUACAACUUCUGUAUCAUUUAUGCGAAACAAACCUGUUGCACUUUACGACGUGACAAUAUGUAUGAAAGAAUCUGAUCCUGUGGCUCCAACGAUCACAAGUCUUUUGAAUGGAAAACAUGUGGAAGCUCACAUGUACAUGCAGCGUAUUCCAGUUGAAGAGGUACCUGAUAAUGAUGAAGCAGCUGCAAAGUGGUUGCAUGAUCUCUAUGUAAAGAAGGACAAAAUGGUGGACAGCUUCAAACAGACUGGAAGUUUCUUUGAAACUAGUGGAGAGCCUCCCCUCAAGCCUUUUACAUUACCAAGACGCUGGUAUUCACUAUUAAAUACUACUGGUUGGGCGUUGGUUACAAUUCCUUCAGUGUUUUAUGUUCUGAUAUCACUGUUGUUCUCUGGAUCACUGUACUACUGUUUAUUUGGAAUACUUCUAGUGGCUUUGAUUGGGUACCUUUUCUACCUCCUAAUAGGCCUGACGAAGAUAAACAAGAGUUCAUCAUAUGGAAAAUCCAAUGGAAAAUUGAAUGGAAAAUCCAAUGGAGAAUCAAAUGGCACCACACACAACCACAAGAUAGAAUGAGCAUAUAUGCUUGUGCCGUGUUUUUUAUUAGUGCUUUCUAUGACCACUUUUAAUUACUAAAUUUUCCCAUGACUAUAAAAGUUCUUUAUAAUUUCUAUAAAGUUUCAAAGUGCUGUACAAAUGGUACUAGACUGAUAAUUUUGGACUGUUGCAAAAAUAUGUAAUGUAUUUAUGGUUGGACCAUGGUAUUAUGUGCGAGAGGUGAAAUAUUAUUUUAAAUUUAAAUAAUUUAAACCAAUGCUUGUAAGUUUUAAUUUCUUAAAUCUGUGCAGCCUGUGUUUUUUUGUCGAUAAAAAUUUUUCAGUGAUGUUCCUCAACUUUGGGAACCACACCAUCCCUUUGAUUGGGAUGAAUAUUUUCCUUAUUUUGUUACCCCUGCACAGAAAAGGCUACUUUGUGGUGUCACUCUUUGUGAUAAAGUAGAUGGGAGAGACCCUAAAGUUGUUGACCAAGCAUGUCUGAAGCAAGUUUCUUGUAUUAGCAGAAGUGUUAUGUAGACUUGAAGAAUAUCCAGCUUUAAAUGUUGCUUGGAGCUGCUAUUUGCAGGAACUGAAAUUCAUUUAGUUGUAGUUUUACAAUGAAUCAUUUUAUUAUUUUAACUAACUUAUUACCUACUUUGUAAACUGAACCCCUUGAAAUGUACUCAACCAAGCAUUCUUUGUGAUGCAAGAGCUGUGUAAAAGCCUGAUAAAUUAUAAAUUAUCGGAGGAAAAUAUUCAUGUUUGUUGUCGUGUUUCCUCAUGCUCUAUUUAUAAAAAUCAAAUUGAUGUGUUCUUACAAAUAAAUGUGAUAAAUUCUUGAAGUCCCAUGCCUUGAUGCAGCUAAAACUGAUAAUUGUUGUUGCAUAAUAUCAUUACAUUUGCUCAUUGUAUGCUUUGCUGUGGUGUGACUAGUGAUUACCAGCUGUGACUGUUACAUAACUAGCUUCAGCUUUGUUUCUUCUGCUUUUACAAGUCAUAAUCGGAAAGAUACCUACUAUCUAGGCCUGUAAGCUUAGCACUUCUGUAUAUAUUUUGUUUGUAUAAAAUACUACGCCAUUCUAA